GUAGGGAGAAUUUGACCAGCUCCCAGGGGGACUGAGGAGCCUGCUGGGGUCUAGAGGGCUUCCUUGUGGUCCUCAUCCCACAUACUCUGAGGGGCUGGGUCCCAGGCACCUGUCACCCCUGGCACUGACUGUCCAGGGUUCCCCUCCUCCCUCUUCUGGCCACUGCCGCCUCUGUCCCCUCCCCUCCCUUCUUCCUUCUCCUGGUCCCACCUCCAGUAGCCUCUCCCAUUGCUCCUCCUCAUCUCUGUCCUCCUGGACUGUCCCAGCUCCUACCUUUCCUACCCCUCACCUUUUUCCUCUUUUAGGACUGAGUAAGGACAGGAGUGGGUGGGUUCUGCUGGGGCUUCAGGCACCACAGGCAGAGACUCUGGGCCCUCUCCCACGCCGCCAGCCCUCCGGUAACCCCUCCCUCCAAGCUGGGGGGAGGGGGGACAGCACCCAGAGGGUUAAGGCUGUAGGGGGGAGGGGCUGGGCCAGGUCGUGGGCGGCCCCUUUGAAGGAGGGAGCUGGAGCGGGGAACAGCCACCCUACCUCCCCCCAAGCCUGGCCCUCCCCCACCUGUCCCAACCUGCUGCCCCCAGGGGCCAGGAGGAGUUGCCGCCAGGCCCCUCAGCGUUCAGGAGCCCCAGAACCAGGACUGGGGGAUUUGGAGCUGGGCAGAGACUUAACCCCCACAGCACCGGGAAGCAGCCAACUCCCCUCGCCUCCUUCCCCCUUCGUGGCUUGCGGUCUCUCUUCCCCGCCUCGGCCCCCAGGAAGUGAAGAUGUUACAGCCUGGUUCUCAUCCUCCCUCACCCCAAGCUGCUGCUCCUGGAGAAGCCUGGCCAGGCCCCUCUCAGGCUCCCUGGCAGAGCCUAGAGGAGAAGAUGGGGAGCCCCGAGGAUGAUCUGAUUGGGAUUCCAUUCCCGGACCACAGCAGUGAGCUCCUGAGCUGCCUCAAUGAGCAGCGCCAGCUGGGCCACCUAUGUGACCUCACCAUCCGGACGCAGGGCCUUGAAUACCGCACCCACAGGGCUGUGCUAGCUGCCUGUAGCCACUACUUCAAGAAGCUUUUCACUGAGGGUGGUGGCGGAGCUGUCAUGGGGGCCGGGGGCAGCGGGACGGCCGCUGGGGGAGCAGGGGCCGGAGUGUGUGAGCUGGACUUUGUAGGGCCAGAGGCACUAGGCGCCCUCCUUGAAUUUGCCUAUACAGCCACACUGACCACCAGCAGCGCCAACAUGCCAGCUGUGCUCCAGGCUGCCCGCCUGCUGGAGAUCCCGUGUGUCAUCGCUGCUUGCAUGGAGAUUCUGCAGGGCAGUGGGCUAGAAGCUCCCAGCCCGGACGAGGAUGACUGUGAGCGAGCCCGCCAGUAUCUGGAGGCCUUUGCCACAGCCACGGCCUCUGGAGUUCCCAAUGGUGAAGACAGUCCUCCACAGGUGCCCCUCCCACCACCUCCGCCACCGCCACCUCGGCCUGUUGCCCGCCGCAGCCGCAAGCCCCGGAAAGCUUUCCUGCAAACCAAGGGGGCCAGAGCAAACCACCUAGUCCCUGAGGUGGCCACAGUGCCUGCCCAUCCUUUGACCUAUGAGGAGGAGGAGGUGGCGGGCAGAGUGGGCAGCAGUGGGGGCAGUGGGCUGGGGGACAGCUACAGCCCUCCCACAGGAACUGCCUCCCCUCCUGAGGGGCCCCAGAGCUACGAACCCUAUGAGGGUGAGGAAGAAGAAGAGGAGCUGGUAUAUCCCCCAGCCUAUGGGCUGGCGCAGGGUGGUGGGCCCCCGCUGUCCCCAGAGGAGCUGGGCUCAGAUGAGGAUGCCAUCGAUCCUGACCUGAUGGCCUACCUAAGCUCCCUGCACCAGGACAACCUGGCACCAGGCCUGGACAGCCAAGACAAGCUGGUGCGCAAACGCCGCUCCCAGAUGCCUCAGGAGUGCCCUGUCUGCCACAAGAUCAUCCAUGGGGCAGGCAAACUGCCUCGCCACAUGAGGACCCACACAGGCGAGAAGCCCUUUGCCUGCGAGGUCUGCGGUGUUCGAUUCACCCGGAACGACAAGCUGAAGAUCCACAUGCGGAAGCACACGGGAGAGCGCCCCUACUCAUGCCCGCACUGCCCAGCCCGCUUCCUGCACAGCUACGACCUCAAGAACCACAUGCACCUGCACACGGGGGACCGGCCCUAUGAGUGCCACCUGUGCCAUAAGGCUUUCGCCAAGGAGGACCACCUGCAGCGCCACCUCAAAGGCCAGAACUGCCUGGAGGUGCGCACCCGACGGCGCCGCAAGGACGAUGCACCACCCCACUACCCGCCACCCUCUACCGCUGCUGCAUCCCCCGCUGGCCUCGACCUCUCCAAUGGCCACCUGGACACCUUCCGCCUCUCUCUAGCUCGAUUCUGGGAGCAGUCAGCCCCCACUGGGCCCCCGGUCUCUACCCCGGGGCCCCCUGAUGAUGAGGAGGAGGAAGGGGCACCCACCACACCCCAGGCUGAAGGUGCCAUGGAGUCCUCUUAAAGAGGGACGAGGGCCAGACUGAAGCAGCACAAGGCCGGGGACACCCAUGCCAAGCAGUGGGAGCACGCAGGACAGACACAGCAGGGGUCUGGGGCACGGAGCCUUGCUGGCAUCAGCAUCAGCCCUUCCUCCCAGAGCCCUCAUUCCAAUUCCAAGCUAAGAAGGUAUUGGGGCAGAGGCUCCCCAAAUUGGGGUGAUCCCCCAAGGAGUGAUACAUAUAUUGUGUAUAUAUUUACAGCUGUAUUGUAAAAGUGGGGUCCCUGUCCCCAGCUGCUCCUGGGGAGUAGAAGCAAUAAUGUAUUUCUGAUUUGUGGGUCCCACUUCGGCUAUGCGGGUUUCUAGGGGGUGGGGGCUUGGGACCAAAGCCUUGCCCUGCCCCUAUGCCCCUUGGGGGUUUUGGCUGUGUAAGGGGGUGAAGGACUGCCCCUCCCUUCCGAGACCCCUCCUUCCUGGUUUCUGUUCCUUUUUCCUGGCAGUGAAUUAUGCAAAGGGGGCCGGCAAAGGAAGGGUAGGUGGGGGAAAGCCAGGUGGAAGCUUGAAAGACUGGGGGGACUGGGCCUGUAAGGAAGGAGCCAUCCCAGUCCCCCUCCGCCCUGCUCCCGGCGCUGAGUCAUGGGGUCGUGGAGAAGGGGGCGGGGUGGCCUGAUUGGCUCGCCCGCCCCUGGGGGCAGUGGAGGGGGCCCCGCCCAGCUAGGGGAGCCGCUCCGCUCCGUUCCACUCCCCUCCCUGUCCCUCCCUCCCCGCGGCCCUGGGCAGGGAAUGUCUUGUUCCCGCCGCUCCCUCCCCGGGGCCAGAGGGCAGGGCGGGCCAGGCGGCGUCCUACCCUCUUCUCCUCCUCCCCAUCUCCUCCCCGCCCAGGUGCGAGCCGGAGCCGCAGCCACCGCUGCCCCUGACUCACGCCGCCCCCGGGCUGGCGCAGCGAAGGGUGUGGGACAGGGUAAGGGGUUGGAAGAGCCUUGUGGAGAGCGGGCGAGCCGGCGCCAUCUGGCGGCCAUGCUCUGAGUGGGCGAGCGCCCCCCGCGGCCACUGGAGCGAGCUGUCUUCACGCUCCUCAUCCACCCCAGCUGGUGAGCGGCGCCCCCUUGCCAAGGCAGUGGGCACGGAACUUCUCGCUUGGCCGCAGGGAAAGGGGCUGCGGACCUGUGGGAAAGUGAUCCCCUUCCCAGAUCCUUGCCAGCCGGGCUUCUUGUCAGGCAGGGGAGAAUAAUCCCCUCACUCUUCUCUUAGGAUUGAAUCCACCCCCAUUCUGUACAUAGCCUUUUCUGUUGGUCUUGUUGAAAUCUAGUUUCAGAUUUUUAACUACCCAAUUCUGCUGGGGGUGGGGGAUACCCCCCCUUCCUCGCUGGGUGCUGGACCCCUUUUGCAGCCUGGGCUCUGCCUUGCACUAUUUCCCCUUCCUGGCCUGACGGCUCCUCCCCCUCCUUAAAAGGGGCAGGUUCAGGGGCUCGGUGCUCUUCCUCCCUUCCAUGCACCCCCAUGCCCAUUUGCACAGCUGCCCAGGUACCCCUAACAGUGGGGAGGGGUCACAGGGAGGGGGUAGCGGGACCAGUCCCUGUAUCUAUUUAAAAAGUGAUGAUGUAAUAUAUUGGGGUGGCGGGGAGAUCGGGUUGUCCUGGGCCUCAUCUUAGCAUUUCAGGUGAUGAGGGGAGCCCAGGGCUGGGGAGACCUGGGGCCCAGCCCCAGAGAGUGGGGACAAUGUGGCCUCCCUUCUCCCUACUUUCGGCUUUCCCAGUCAGUGCCUUAGGGGGAGAGGCACUCCCCCCCUCCUGUUCCCUUCCCCCCAUCCCAACUCCCCCACCUCGGGUGUAAGCGACAGGAAGAAAUAAUAAUAAUUUAAGAUUCA